GGAAGCGGCGAGACUCCAUGGCGGCUGCGGCUGCGGCGGCGGGGCCCGUGUUCUGGAGGCGGUUGCUGGGCCUCCUCCCUGGCCGCCCCGGGCUGGCCGCUCUCCUGGGGCGCCUGUCCGACCGACUCGGCAGGAACCGGGACCGCCGGCGCAGGAGGCCACCAUGGCUGUUGUUGGCUCCUCUGCUGUCUCCAGCUGUCCCCCAUGUCACCUCGCCUCCUUGCUGCCUGUGUCCGGAGGCCGUGCAUCGCUUCCAGUGGAUCAGAAACCUGGUUCCAGAGUUCGGAGUCUCCAGCUCUCACGUCAGGGUGCUUUCUUCACCUGCAGAGUUUUUUGAGCUCAUGAAGGGGCAGAUAAAAGUAGCCAAGAGGCGGGUCGUGAUGGCGUCCCUCUACCUGGGGACAGGUCCUUUGGAACAGGAACUGGUGGAUUGCUUGGAAAGCACUCUAGAAAAGUCACUCCAGGCGAAGUUUCCUUCCGACCUCAGGGUGUCCAUUCUCUUAGACUUCACGCGGGGCUCAAGAGGAAGGAAGAACUCUCGCACGAUGCUGCUCCCACUCCUGCAGAGGUUUCCAGAACAGGUCCGAGUGUCCCUCUUCCACACGCCUAACCUCCGUGGGCUCUUCCGGCUUCUCAUCCCCGAGCGCUUCAACGAGACCAUCGGCCUGCAGCACAUCAAGGUGUACCUCUUCGACAACAGCGUCAUCCUGAGCGGCGCAAACCUGAGUGACUCCUACUUCACCAACCGGCAGGACCGCUACGUGUUCUUGCAGGACUGUCCUGAGAUUGCGGACUUCUUCACGGAGUUGGUGGACGCGGUGGGGGACGUGUCCCUGCAGUUGCAGGGGGACGACACGGUGCAGGUGGUGGAGGGGAUGGUGCAUCCUUACAAAGGUGACCGGGCUGCGUAUUGCAAGGCAGCCAAUAAGAGGGUUAUGGAUGUGAUCAACUCAGCCAGGACCCGCCAGCAGAUGCUGCAUGCCCAGACCUUCCACAGCAACUCCCUCUUAACCCAGGAAGACGCAGCAGCUGCUGGAGACCGGAGGCCAGCCCCAGACACCUGGAUUUACCCAUUGAUCCAGAUGAAGCCCUUUGAGAUUCAGAUAGAUGAGAUUGUCACUGAGACCCUGCUGACAGAGGCCGAGCGAGGCGCUAAGGUCUACCUCACCACCGGCUACUUCAACCUGACCCAGGCUUACAUGGACCUGGUCUUGGGCACGCGAGCCGAGUACCAGAUCCUGCUGGCCUCGCCAGAGGUGAACGGCUUCUUCGGGGCCAAGGGGGUGGCAGGUGCCAUCCCGGCCGCCUACGUGCACAUUGAGCGGCAGUUCUACGGUGAGGUGUGCAGCCUGGGGCAGCAGGAGCGGGUCCAGCUGCAGGAGUACUGGCGGAGGGGCUGGACGUUUCAUGCCAAAGGCCUCUGGCUGUACCUGGCAGGGAGCAGCCUGCCCUGUCUCACGUUGAUUGGCUCUCCUAAUUUUGGGUACAGGUCAGUUCACCGGGACCUGGAGGCCCAGAUCGCCAUUGUGACGGAGAGCCGGGCCCUGCAGCAGCAGCUUCACCAGGAGCAGGAGCAGCUCUACCUGAGGUCGGGCGUGGUGUCCUCUGCCACCUUUGAGCAGCCGAGCCGGCAGGUGAAGCUGUGGGUGAAGAUGGUGACUCCGCUGAUUAAGAACUUCUUCUGAGAACAGCAGACCAAGCUUCUGAAAUCCAGAGUGUCUCGUUCCCCUCGGCUGGGACUUGCUGCAUGUCACAUGUGGUGGCGGCUGACGCGCUGGGCAGCACAGCACACACACGAGUUUCUCUGAGGAUUGUGGCUCUUUAAGGGCAAGGUGGGCAUUUAUGUAACUCCCACAGUGCCCUGCCUGGAUGGCCGCUGUUUACCAAAUGCGGGCAAGUUGAAGUUAAUUGGAUAAGAACUUGCUGAUUUAUCAAGUGUCUGAUGUGCUCUCAUGAACUUUGACUUAAAACAUUAAUAUCGGGGCUUCCCAGGGGGGCUCUGGUUAAGAAUCCGCCUGCCAGUGCAGGGGACACAGCUUCCAGCCCUGGUCCGGGAAGAUCCCACAUGCCGCGGAGCAACUAAGCCCGUGCGCCACAACUACUGAGCCCGCGCUCUAGAGCCCGUGAGCCACAACUACUGAGCCCGCGCUCUAGAGCCUGCGAGCCACAACUACUGAGCCCGCGCUCUAGAGCCUGCGUGCCACAACUACUGAGCCCGCACUCUAGAGCCCACGAGCCACAACCACUGACCCUGCACUCUAGAGCCCGCGAGCCACAACUACUGGAGUCCGCAUGCCACAACUACUAGAGCCUGUGCGCCUAGAGCCCGUGCUCCACAGCAAGAGAAGCCACCACAAUGAGAAGCCCGCGUACCACAACAAAGAGUAGCCCCCGCUCGCCGCAACUAGAGAAAGCCUGCGCACAGCAAAGAAGACCCAACGCAACCAAAAAUAAAUAAAUCAACAAACCAUUAAUAUCCUCUUGAUCAUCAUCUUG